AUGUUGUUCCAAUACAGUUGCCUGCUGAUCAAUAAUUAUGCAACAGCCAAAGGCGGGGCUUAUUAUGUAGACAAUGGCAGUUAUGCUGAAAUGGCUAAUAAUACACUCUAUGGUAAUGCAGCCAUCAAUAGUGACGGGGGCGCUAUCUAUUCGGAAGGAGAUAUGGUGAUAGACAAUACGAUCUUUUACCGGAAUGCCAUGUACAGUGGCGGGACCAUACCCUCUUAUACCGCCGGCAGCGACAUCGCCAACAUGGGCAGUAGUGUGUUCCUGAGUAAUUCUUCCCUUCAGUUCAAUCCUGCGCUGGCAGGCAAUUAUACCGGUUAUACCGAUCCCGGAAAUUCAUGGGUUUCCAAUAUUUAUCCGCAAUUUUUAGAUUCGGCAAACAAACGGGGAGCAGAUAAUACCUGGGCUACGGCAGAUGAUGGACUGAGCCUGUUACCAUCCAGUAAUAUGAUCAAUGCCGGCCUGAAUGCCGCAGUAACCGGAGCAGCAACGCAGGGAGAUCUGGCCGGUGCCGCGCGUAUACAACUGGGCACUGUGGAUAUGGGCGCCUAUGAAUCAGCAGUUGCACUAUCGUGCCCUAUUGGCAAUACCGUGUAUGUAGAUAGCAGCGUGGCCGCAAGCGGAUCGGGUGGCACCUGGACAGGCGCGUUUAAAACAUUACACGAGGCGAUGGCCGUUGCAGACCGUUGUACCGACAUCACCCAUAUACUGAUUGCCAAAGGCACUUAUUUCCCCACACCCGAUAAUAACCGGGACAGCGCCAUUGUGAUCCGCCGCAGUAAUAUUAAGAUCUAUGGUGGUUAUCCGAAAGGCGGUGGUAGCCGUAAUAUAGCCGCCAACCCAACGAUUAUAGAUGGCAAUAUCGGCGGUGGCAAUUAUAGUUAUCACCUGGUGGUGAUUGCGGGUAUUUAUACCGCAACAGAUAGCAUUAUAUUAGACGGACUGACUCUGCGUAAUGCAAAGGCCGAUGGCGGUAAUGUUUUCAGAACCUAUAAUGGCGAAACACUGGAGCGGAUGUAUGGUGGCGGCAUCUACCUGCGCAAUGUACGUAAUGGUAAUAAAACCGUUUUCCGUAAUUGUACCUUCUCCAAUAACCUGGCUACAAACGGCGGUGGGGCUAUUAUGAACAAUGUAUACUCCAGUGUAUGGAUAACCUCCUGCCAGUUUAUUGGUAAUACUAAUAACAACGCAUCCAGUAUUUAUGGUGGCGGGGCCGUAUUCAGUGCCAGUAAUUCUAUUGCCGCAAUCAACUCCUCAAUAUUCACAGCCAACAGAUCGGCAACGGCUGGUGGGGCUAUCUUCCAGAACGAUACCUCACUAAGCGUUAUCAAUUGUACAUUCUCCGGAGAUACGGCAGCAGCAGGUGGUGCGAUCAGCCUGAUCAAUCAAUCGCCAUUUUACAGUCGUAAUAACCUCUUCCGUAACAAUGUAGCUACCGGCGGCCAUGGUGGUGCGAUCUACGCAAACCAUACCGGCACGGAUACCCUGGUGAAUAAUGUUUUUACCGGCAAUAAAUGUACCGGCAACAGUAAUUACGGUGGUGGUGCCGCAGCAUUGAUUGGCGGCAGGUCAUAUGUGGUCCACAACACUUUUUAUGCCGAUUCUGCCAAUGGUUACAGCGGCGCAUUGCUGUUGAGCGGUGUAUCUGCUGUGUACAAUAACAUUUUCUAUAAAUGCUAUAAUUCCUCUUCAGCAACACCCGAUAUACAUAGUAGCGGUACCCACACAGCCGGCAACAAUUCAUUCAGCAAUACCAAUCCUGUAUUCUAUAAUGAAACGAACUUGCCCGGAGCUGAUAAUGUAUGGUUUACCAGCGAUGACGGCCUCCGGUUAAAGAACAACAGCCCGGCGAUCAAUACCGGGGACAACAGUAAGAUACCCGCGAAUAUUACUACAGAUAUCACCGGCAGCGCCCGGAUACAGCAUAUCGCAGAGCCAGGUGCUUAUGAAGGUUAUGUAUGCAUGGGCAAUGACAAAGGCGUCUUCAGCACCAAUAUAGCAACCGCUGCCGGAGGUGUUAUCCACCAGGACACAGGAACAGUAACGCUUAAUCAAUCCCGCUUCACCAGCAAUACAGCCAAUACCGGAGGCGUGUUCUACCUUACCGGAACUGCCAGGUUAAAAGCCAAUGCCGCUGUAUUCCACGAAAACUACAGUGCCGCUGACGGUGGUGUUCUCCGGAUGAAUAAUCUGGCGGACGAUACCGUUUAUAACAGCCUGUUCAUUCACAACCGCGCUGGUGGUGAUGGCGCCUCCAUCUAUACGAUGCAGGCCAACAAAUACUUCGGCAGCAAUACUUUUUAUGGAGAUACGGCUACCGGCGGUACCCAUGCCACGGCUUUUGUAAAUGCGGAUAAUGUUGUGGUGAACAGCAUCUUUUAUAAGACAAGCCAUGAGAUCUCCGGUACUUAUGCCGGCGGCUUCAACAGCGACAAUAAUACCAACCCCUUAUUCAUCAAUGAGACAAACCCCGCUGGUGCAGACGGUAUACCCGGCACGGUUGAUGAUGGCCUGCGGAUACUGAAUAACAGCCCGGUUAAAGAUGCAGGUACCAAUGCUUAUGUACCUGCGGGUAACACAACAGACAUUACCGGCAGGCAGCGUAUCCGGAAUGGUGUGGUAGACCGCGGUGCUUAUGAAGGGGCCGUUUAUGCGCAACACGUGCUUUAUGUAGACCAAUACAAAAGCGGGAACGGCAGCAGCUGGGGCAAUGCGCUCAGACGAUUGUACGUCCAUGCGGCUGCGCCGGCAAGCCUGGGCGGUAGCUGGGCGUUUCCGAUGAACAAUCUGAACAAGGCACUGGCGUUGGCAAAUGCCUGUAGCAAUAUCAAUGAAAUAUGGGUGGCAGCAGGUACCUAUAAACCGUCUGAAUACCCGGAUGAGUUUGAUGCGUAUAACCUGGUCAAUGCAGCUAAGCUGCCAGCCUACCCAUCGGAUGCCACCGGUAAAGAAAAGCUGCGCAUCUGGCAGAUGCAUGGCACCAGCUCAACCGGCACCCCGGGCAGCUAUUCCGGCACCGAUACCCUGCUCAACCCGGAUGAUGCGGCCAUUGUAUGGAACGGUGCAGACAGCCGCUGGGAAGUGAGUUUUAAUGUGACCGGGUUCAGUGGCUUCUUUGUAACAGCCGCUUCUUCGGUACCGCUGCCCGUGCAGCUAAUAUCGUUUGAAGCUGUAAAAGGCCCUGAUAAUAAAAGCAGUGUCCUUGAGUGGCAGGUAAACCGCGAAGCUGGUAUGAGCCGCUAUAAGAUACAGCGGAGCAGCAAUGGCAAUACGUUUGAAACGAUCGGCAGCGUAGCGGCCAACGGGAAAGAGCGAUAUCAGUUUAUGGAUGAACAGCCACUACCGGGCAUCAACUUCUACCGCCUGAGUAUGGAGGAGACAGAUGGCAGCUAUACAUACAGCCGGGUCAUCCGUAUCACGUUUAGAGAGAACAACCAGCCAGGCAUCGUCAUUUACCCGAACCCUGCGGCAACCAUACUGAACAUUAAUCCGGACGGAAUAGCAGCCGGGCUGCUGGCCCUUCAAUACACAGACCUGGCAGGAAGGACCGCGCGAACCAUUCGUGUGAACUAUAUUCCGGGUGAAGUGAUCCAUGAUGACAUCAGCACAUUACCCGCCGGGUCGUAUAUCCUUACGUUGCCGGGUACCCAUAUACCGCCGGUAAAACUGACGGUUUUAAAAUAG